UAGCGAGGAAACAGGAAGUGUGUUACGCGCCGCUCGCCCCGCUCUGUUAUGCUGGACACAAAAAGUGCCGACUAUCUGGGUGUCAAGCCAGUCCUUCCCAGAUGUGACCCACCAGGCCAACAAUGACAGAUGUCUGUAUAAAUACGAACUUCAGCCCACCGCCGGCGCCGCCGCCGCCGCGCUCGCCCUCCUACACCCCCGAGCGCGUCGCCAUGGCGUCGGUGCGCUUCACGGUGACGCCCACCAAGGCGGAGGACCUGCCGGACGCCUCGCCCGACCUCAGCGCCCGCUCCGCCGGCCACGUGCGCUUCGGCUCCCGGGAGAGCGUGAGCCGCAGCGAGCCCAUCAGCGACUGCUCCGGGGGGCCCGCCUCCAGCAACCUGCCCGGGGCGGGGGGCGGGGAGACCCCCGACAGCAGCACCGCCGACCAAGGCGAUGGGAACUCCAAGAUGUCCAGCGUCUACAUCAACAACUCCCACGCGGUGGACGACGAUGACUUCUACGACAGGAACCUGGCGCUGUUCGAGGAGGAGAUGGACACCAGGCCAAAGGUCUCCUCCCUGCUCAACCGCCUGGCCAACUACACCAACCUGACCCAGGGAGCCAAGGAGCACGAGGAGGCCGAGAGCAACGGGGAGAAGAGGAAGGCCAGCAAGGCCCCCCAGAUGGGGACCUUCAUGGGGGUGUACCUCCCGUGCCUCCAGAACAUCUUCGGGGUGAUCCUGUUCCUGCGGCUCACCUGGGUGGUGGGGGCCGGGGGGGUGCUGCAGGCGCUCUGCAUCGUCCUCGUCUGCUGCUGCUGCACCAUGUUAACAGCAAUAUCUAUGAGUGCCAUCGCUACCAAUGGAGUCGUCCCAGCGGGGGGGUCUUACUUCAUGAUCAGCAGGUCUCUGGGCCCAGAGUUCGGGGGGGCCGUGGGGCUCUGCUUCUACCUGGGGACCACCUUCGCCGGGGCCAUGUACAUCCUUGGGGCCAUCGAGAUCCUACUGAUGUACAUCGCUCCGCAGGCGGCCAUCUUCAUCUCCAGCGCGGCGGAGGGUGAGGGCGCGGCCCUCCUCAACAACAUGCGGGUGUACGGCUCCAUCUGCCUCCUGCUCAUGUCCCUGCUGGUGUUUGUGGGCGUGAAGUACGUCAACAAGCUGGCGUCCGUCUUCCUGGCGUGCGUCAUCGUCUCCAUCCUCUCCAUCUACAUCGGGGCGCUGGUCUCCGCCUUCAUCCCGCCGGACUUCUCGGUGUGUAUGCUGGGGAACCGCACUGUCAAUGGGCAUGCUCUCCCUGACAACCAAUGUGCCAAGACAGUGUUGGGGCAAUCCACAGAGGCAAUGGAACAAGGGGACGGGAACCUCACCUUCAUGGCCGAGAACUCCACCGCCUUCCCGCCCUCCGCGACCUCCCUGACCCCCAGCGCCGUAACCACGGAGGAGACCACGGCGAUAUGGAAACAUUUCUGCGACAGCUCGGAGCUCAACGCCACCUGCGACGACUUCUUCACCCACAGCAAGUUCACCACCAUCCAGGGGAUCCCCGGCCUGGCCAGCGGCAUCAUCUCAGAGAACCUGUGGAGCACGUACCUCACCAGGGGGGACGUCCUGGAGAAGGCGUCCCUCCCCUCCACUCAGGUGUCAGCCCCAGCCACCAAUCAGAGGCCCUAUGUGUUCGCUGACAUCACCACCUCCUUCACGCUAUUGGUCGGCAUCUUCUUCCCAUCGGUCACAGGAAUCAUGGCCGGUUCUAACCGGUCGGGGGACCUGAAGGACGCCCAGCGAUCCAUCCCCAUAGGAACCAUCCUGGCCAUCCUCACCACCUCCCUGGUCUACCUGACUAGCGUGGUUCUGUUCGGCUGCUGCAUCGACGGGGUGCUCCUCCGAGACAAGUUCGGCGACUCGGUGAAGGGGAUCCUGGUGGUGGGCACGCUGUCCCGACGCAGGUGCCAUGUUGUGAAGUGA